AUGGAAUCUACUAGUUCAAAUACUGAGUUAGCAGAUAAAGAAUGUUAUUAUUGUAGAGAAGAAUUUAAUCGUUUUUGUUCAUCAGUUUCUAAUUGUUCUCAAUGCAAUCAAUCAUUGUGUUCCGAAUGCACUUUAAUUCAUUGUAAAAAACAUGAACAAGAAAUUGUUCAAAUACAAGAUCAAUAUAAUGAUUUAACAAAUAAAAUCAAUGAAAAAGAAAAAUAUAUUAAUGAUACAAGUAAUGAAUCAAUUGAAAUAGUUAUUAAUUGGUAUCAAAGAUUAAUCAAUGAUCUUAUUGAAACUCAAACACAAAUUAUUGAAAAUAUUCAAAAUGAACGUGAUAGAGCUCGAGAUGAAUUAGCUCAAUUUGAUAUAACUAUGCAUUCAAUUGAUAAAGAUAUUCAACAAUUAAAUCAUAAUAUGAAUAUUAAUGCAAUACAAAUAAAACUUAAUGAUUUAGCAACAAAACUUGCAAAUUAUCAAUUAACAAAAGAUAUCCGUCUACCUGAUUCACGUACAUUCCAACCUCGAUAUAAAGUUUCCUAUCAUUUUAAAGAUACAUCAGCAGCAGAAGAAGAUUGGGACAUUGAAACAAAUACAGCAACCAAUAUUCCAUUACCUUCUCAUCUUUCAUUAACUUCUACAAAUAGAACGACAACAACAACAGCACCAUUAUUUUUUUCUAAUAAUUCACAAACAUUUAUUACACCAAAAGAUGAUGAUGAUGAAGAAGAUAAUUUUCAAUGGAUUGAAGAAAUUGAAACAAAUAAACAUGAUGAUUCGGAAUAUUUACUUGAUCCAAGAUUGUAUCAUCUUGGUACUUCUCGACAUUUUAAUUAUGAUAUCAAUUUAAUUGCAUCAAAUGGCAAUGAUCUUUUAUGUUAUUCUCGUCAAACGAAACAAUUGAUUUUUAUUGGUGAUGGAAAUGUUAAUCCAAUUAUACUUCAAUGGUAUCAUGGACAUAUGAUACAACUUGUUUGGUUCGAUAGUUUAAAAUCAUUUAUUACAGUAACAGAUGAUAGUCAAUAUGAAAUUUAUACAAUUGAAUCAACUUAUAAUCUUCGUUUAAAAAUUUCUCUACGUACUUGUUUACCAAAAAAUCAUAAUGAUAUAAUAAAAGAUCAAAUAUUUAUGCGUACAGAUGAAUGUCAUACAUAUAUUUAUUAUGAAAGAAUCGAUGGACGAAAACGAUUACGUUUAUUAAGUCCAACAUUUGAAUGUGUUCGAUCAUAUUCAAUUGAUAGAUUUUUUCAAACCGAUGAACAUAUUCAUUCACAUGAUAAUGGGUUUGUUAUAGGUCUUGGUAUUAAUCAAGAAUACGUUGUUUUAUUCGUUCGACUGGCAAUAAAUGAUGAUCUAGCAGGUCAAGCCGCUUCACAAAUCGAAGACACACGUUUGUUAGUAUUUAAGAAGUCUAAAAUGUGUUUUGUUCGUCGAAUAACUCUAUCUAACAGAUAUUUUCAAUUACCUUUUAUUGUUCAUUUUAUUAAUAUUUCAUCAUUUUUUAUUAUUGAUCAAAUUCAUCAUAUGCUUCGAUUUUUUCAUUAUGAAAAAGAAAUUGGUCAAAUAAAAUUAUUACCGUCGAAUAUUUCUCCAAUAUCUAAUAGUAUCACAACUGCAAAAUCUAACAUAGAUUAUUCAUAUUCAUCAAUAGUAUUAAUGAACGAUGGUUCAUUACUUAUAUCAAAUAAUACACAAAAUUUAAUUCAACUUAUUCUUAACGAUCAAUCGAAUGAUAUUGAUGAUUGGUGA